ACACGCUGGCUGCCACCUGCUGUUAAAACCCCAAAAGAAGAAGAAGAAGAAGUUCCCGCCCAUCACGACGCAUGGAAACGACGUCACGAAAGUAAACAAGAGUAUGUCGCACAGACAGACUCAAAUAAGAGAAAUGAACGGUCAAGCGGACGUCGAAGUCGACUAUAAGCGGAAAUACAAAAAUCUCAAACGAAAAUUAAAAUUUCUUGUUUAUGAACAGGAAUGCUUUCAGGAGGAGCUGAGGAGAGCACAGAGAAAACUUCUCAAAGUUUCCAGGGACAAAAGCUUCCUUUUGGACAGACUGCUGCAGUAUGAGAGAGUCGAUGAAGAUUCCUCAGAUUCAGAUGCAACAGUUUCUUCAGAAAAUAGUGAAGGAGAAGGACCCCGUGAGAGGGAAAGAGAACGAGAAGUAGCAAAGAAGCGAAGAAGUAGUCCUGGGGCGUGUAUUCCUUCAUCAUCUUCCCCUCAUCUCUCCCUGUUGUCCCGUCCUGGUGUAAAUCCCCUACAGUCAUCGGGCUCUGGACCCUACCUGAACACUAUGCCCUUCCCACCAGAGUAUAUGGCUCCACCAGCUGAACGAAUGAAGAAAGAGAGAAAAACAAAGACGCCUAAAAACAAGAAAGAGACUACUGGGAAGGUUGUUGCCCCAAUGGCAGCUAAUUACCCAUCAGCCCCCGUGGCGCCUACUGCAGCCAGCGGCCCCUUCAGCUGGGUUCCCAGACAGAUGCUUAGUGGAGAUGCAGCUGAGGAGGAGGGAGAGAGUGAUGGAGACAGCGAUCGAGGAGAUGAAGACAGAGGGGAGGGAGACGAGGCUGAACUAGUCAUUGACAUCCCUAAUGAGUGAGCCUGAGUGUGUGUUUAGAUGUAUUUAUAAGCAGGGGAGUGUGUGUGUGUGUGUGAGUGAGUGAGUGAGUGAGUGAGUGAGUGAGUGAGUCUAAAUGUAUUUUCUGUACUCUGUUGCCCAUUAUAUAUUUUCAAAGUGGGAGCCAAGCUCCCCCCUGUGGGCUUUCGCUUAAUUGCAGCAUCACGGUCUAAAAUAUCUCACAGAUAAAUGUGAUUUUCCAAUAUUAUGUUAUGGAUUAAAUCUUGGGUUGUACUUUUUUAAGAAAAAUCCAUGGGCAUUUUUUUUCCAAACAGUCUAGCAUCCCACAAACUGUGACUACAACUAGGUAUGUCCUGCACAGAGUGAGUUUUUGAUCAUUUGUUUUGCAUUGUAUAACCAUAAUCUCGUACUUGGUAUUGUUUAAAUGCUGUAGUCAAUUUAAGUUGUUUAUUAUGAUAUACAUGUUUCAAUUGUGUUUCAAUGUUAGGUCAUCUUUGCUUGUUACGGGCAGCUUUUACAUCUGUCAUUUGUACUAAGUUAAUGUUUUUACAAAACACCAAGAAUUAAAGCUACUUCAUGUUAAUGGAGAUGAUCCUGUCAAAUUGUUUGUGUCAGAGAAUAAAUAAAAUUAUUUCAGGCUAAAAGUUUUUGUUUUAAGUUAAAUGGUGUGUUAGGUAGAUUCUCCUGACAAUAUCCUACAUGGACCAUUUUACUUUAAAAAAAUGGUGUGGGCUGUUGUGUGUUUGUCUAAAAAUAUUUCUUAUCACACCAUUUUAGAUGUUUAAAAAGCAGUAAAAAUGUUGAACACACCUUGUAGUAUAACUUGGUGCCCCACCCAAAACAUCACACCCUAAAGCUCUCAUUCCACAGCUAUAGUCAGUCACUCAGGUAUGCUGCCGUCUGUGUGAAUGUUUAUUGAAUGCAGGACAUGUUUAUUGACAACAUGCACUACAUCUGUGAAAAAGGACAGCUCAUGUAGACCUAGUUCAUGCUUUGUAUUGUACAUGUUUUUCUUUGCUUGCUUGACCUCUGCAAAUGAAUCCUGAUACCAUUCUUGAAAUAAGCCCAGGGGUAAGCUUGGCUCAUGUUGCCCAUAACUCUCACUCUUAAGCAAUAUGAAGGCAGCCUGGCUGGAUUCCACCUCUUCUAGAUGUUAAAAAGACAGUUUCAUAUUAUUUAUGCUCACUCUGCUUACACAUGCACAGGGCUAAGUUGUAAGAUUAUAUGUGAAAUGCUGUUUUUGAUACCUAACGAUUUUGUCAGUGCCAACAUCAUCAUGUCUCAACGGGCAUGUUUCUUAUAAUAAAGAAAGCAUGCUACAACCUGCAA